AUGGAACCACUUGAUACCCUCAUCCAGCGGUGGUUAGAAUGGGACCAGGACCCUUCCACUCGCAGGGAGAUCGAGAAGCUCCAGGCGGACAAAGAUGAUGCCGGCCUAGAGAAGCGCCUACGAGAGCGCAUUCAGUUUGGGACUGCUGGCCUACGGGGUAGGAUGCAAGCCGGUUUCUCAUGCAUGAAUUCUCUUACCGUCAUCCAGGCAUCCCAGGGACUGGCCAAGUUUAUCAAAGCAACCCACAGGGGCACAGAACAGCCGUCGGUAGUGAUUGGCCGUGAUGCUCGACACAACUCUGAGAAGUUCGCUUUCCUUGCAGCAAACUCCUUUGAAGCUGAAGGUAUACAUGUGUGGUGGUAUGAUGAUGUUAAUCCAACUCCGUUUGUGCCCUUUGCUGUUCUGCUGAAGAAGGCAGAUGCCGGAGUCAUGGUUACAGCUAGCCAUAACCCGGCACAAGAUAAUGGAUACAAAGUAUACUUCGCAAACGGGGCCCAGAUCAAUUCCCCGAUUGAUGGCCAGAUUGCAGAAUCAAUCAGGACCAACUUGGUUCCUUGGCCCAAUGCGUGGCGCGGAAUAGAUGGUCCACAGACCAGAGAAUCAGAUUUACAUGAUGAAGUCUCAGCCCUUUAUUGUGAAACUGUCAAUCGAUUCGCUAAAUCAACCGUUGAUAAUUGGCGACAGCCCAGUAAAUUUGUUUAUACACCAAUGCAUGGCGUUGGUCACGCUACUAUGUCUAAACUUUGCGCUUCCUUGGGCAUUGACGGAAUCAUAACGGUUCUUGAACAGGAGCAGCCUGACCCUGACUUUUCGACAGUUAAAUUCCCAAACCCAGAAGAAAAUGGCGCUUUAGAUCUAGCCAUGAAAACGGCAGAUAAUUCCGGUGUAACUUUAAUAGUCGCCAACGAUCCAGAUGCGGAUCGGUUCGCUGCUGCUGAGAAGGUCAAUGGUUCCUGGUUUAGGUUCACUGGAGAUCAUAUAGGGGUUCUAUUGGCAUCGCAUCUCCUAGAUUUAUGGAAGAAUAAGAAGUCAGAAAAACCUAUGGCUAUGCUAAACUCUGCAGUGUCGUCAAACAUGCUAUCAAAAAUGGCCGAGAAAGAAGGCUUCCAUUUCGAGGAGACUUUAACUGGAUUUAAGUGGAUGGGGAAUGUUGCCCGACAGCUUGAAGCCCGAGGCUACGAAGUACCGUUUGCGUUUGAAGAAGCUCUUGGGUACAUGUUCACGAAAGUUUGCUAUGACAAGGAUGGACUCACCGCUGCUAUGGUGUUUUUGGCAGCUGAGGCGAAAUGGAAAGAACAGGGCCUGACUCCACUCGGGAAGCUUGAACAGCUCUACGAAACGUAUGGUUACCAUGAAAAUCUCAACACUUAUUUCAUCUCGCCAGACACGAAAAGCACUACUUCUCUAUUUGAGAGUAUCCGAAAGAAUACCCUUGAUGCUCAGGGUACUAUCGGAUCAUUCCCAAUCCAUAGAUGGAGAGAUAUGACCAGAGGUUACGACUCAGAUACUGCGGAUAAACGACCAGUGCUUCCUGUAGAUCCCGCGAGUCAGAUGCUCACUAUAUGGUCACAUCGAGGCAUACGGUUUACAAUUCGAGGCUCAGGCACGGAGCCGAAAGUUAAGAUUUAUAUCGAGAGCUGCGGUGCUUCACGCAACGACGCCGUUGAAGCAGUUUGUGACUUGCUGACGGCCGUCGUAGAAAACUGGAUUAAACCAUAUGCUCCAGCUAUGACCUAUUUCAACAGUAUGACAACUUCAUCUGGACAUAUUUUGAAGCUUGCGUAA